AUGACUACUUCAAAAUUAGAAAUAUUUGAUUAUUUAUCAAUACAAGAAUUAUAUAAAAGUUUUUAUAAUCUUAACAAUUAUCUAACAACAAUUCUUAUGUCUUAUACAAAUAUUUCAACAACAAUUGCAUCAAAUCAAAAUAUUAAUUUUUUUGCUAUAAACUUCUUUUCUUCUCGUAUUACUCGAUUAAGUAUUAAUUAUUAUUAUUCAAUUGAUUUAUCAUCAUUUCAAUCGCUUCGUUCAAUUAAAAUUCUUGAUAAACCAAAUUGUUUUCAAAAAUAUUCAUUAAAAAAUCUUUCAAACCUUGAACUUAUAUGUAUUGUUCAUAAUACACAAUGGAAUAAUAAUUGUUUAAUUCAAUUAUCCGAUGAUAUUAUGACAAAUUCUUUUCCUAAUCUUCGUCUUUGUCAAAUCGGUCAAGUUAUAGAUAAUCAACAAUAUCAAUGGAAGAUUCUUCCAUUACUUCGUUCAUUAACUAUUUGUACAAAAGAUGUAAAUAUUUAUCCAAAAAUUCUUUAUUUUUGUCCAUAUUUAAAUCGAUUCAAAUUAAUUCUCGAUGUUUUAACAAAAUCAUUAUCACUUCAAUAUUCAUCUCAUUUAUUUCUUCAUAAAUUCGAAAUAUGUUUAGCUAUUCGUAGUGUAUCAAUAUGUGAACUUCUUAAUUUUUUACUUUCACCUCUAUCAAAUCUUACACAUUUAAUUAUUCAUGGUCCUCAUCAAUAUCCUAAACAAUUGAAUAUCAAUUUAUUAGGUCCUAUUUUACAUAAACACGUACCAAAACUUAUACAAUUUUAUUUUCAAAUGGCUAUUGAUAAUACAUUAGCUUUACAAUUAAUUCAAAAUAAUUAUAUUUAUAUUUCUCGAAUUCAUCCACUUUUUAUUCAUAUCAAAGUUAAUCAACGACAACGUCAAACACCCGCAAAAAUAAUUAUAUCAUCAUAA